CCCCCCCUUUAGGCCCCUUCCCCGCUCCCGGCGUGCCCCGCGGUCCAAGAUGGCGGCGCGCGUCGGGUGAGGGUGGCUGUGCGGUGCGAUGCGGCCCCCGCGCCCCGCCGGGGCCCUGCUGGGAGCUCUGCUGGGGGCCGUGAUCUGCGGGCUGCGCCCCACGGCGGCAGCCAUGGCAGCGAGCGAUGAGCGGCACUCAGCAAGCCCAGUGGUGGCCACACCGUGCUGGCUAGUGGAGGACUUCGUGGUGGCCCAGGAGUGCACCCGCUGCUCCAGCUUCCAGGCGAAGACGAUCGCACAGUGCAUUCCCACGGGCUUCAUCGAGAAGAUCAGCUGUGCCACCUCCAAGAGGGACGAAUUGAAGAGCUGUCGCUCGGCAGUGAUGGAAGCGCACGUUUUCUGGAGGUUCGUGGGCACCAUGAUGUGCGUCGCUGCCAUCUUUGCGGUGUUGGUCGUUUGUCGCCAGCGCGUGCUGGACAGGAAGGCUCUGGAGAAGGUCCGCAAGCAAAUCGAGUCCAUUUAGGAGCCCGGCUACACCGGAGUGGAAGACUCUGCUCUCCCACUGCUCCCAACAUGCCGGGAGGAGGAGGAACUGACCCUUGGGCAGGCCCUGCCCUGCUCCGUGAGCAUGGGCUGCAGCUGGGAGCUGCCCCGGAUGCCGUCGGGGUGUCCCAUGGGACUGUUGGGGUUCACCCAGGGAGUGUGGUGUGUAAUAAACCGAGAUCGUUGUCGCCAGAACGAUGCUGGUGUUUGUCCCUGAGAG